AUGGAGGAGAAGAGAAUAGCAGACUACUUUGUAGUCGCUGGAAUGACCGAGAAUCCAAAGUUGCUACAGGAAAAUAUCUUUAGUGAUUCAUCGCAUUUACGGACGGCAACAAAUAUUGAUCCAAUUACAGAAAUCGGUGUGUUCUUUCCUGCUUUAGACGAGCAGGUUCCAGAUGAUCAUGAAGUUUUAAGAUUUACACCAUCUGGAUUGGAUGCAGAUUUAAAUUAUGGUUCUGUAAGGACGACUGCCUGUUUUUUGUAUUUUAAACGUGGACGUGAUAAGCCACCAUUAGUGGAUAUAGGUGUAAUGUAUGAUGGAUUCGAGAGAAUCAUGCCUGAUGCUGAAAUUGUUUUAAAAACGCCUGGAGAUCGUCUAGCAAAUGUUAAUAAUUCAUCGUCCAAAAUUUUCCUUACUUAUCGUCGCGCUAAGCCUGACAUGCCUAUGAAUGAGCUUGUUGUUACAGAUUUAUGUUUGCUGAUACCCGGGAAGGGUGAAAAAGUACCACAUGCCUUUUGUCAAAUCUACAAGACACUAAACAAAGGAAUGGUUGGAAAUGAUGUGUUUCUGUGCUAUAAAAAGUCCAUGAAUAGUCCAAAAUGCAUAACUUAUCAACCAGAAAUUCUUCAUCGAUAUCCAACAAUUGAUCAUUUUGAUUUUCCAUUAAAUAAAUGCACGAGUGUGCCUCUUUUUUGUUUACCAUUGGGAACUACGUUAGAGAUGUGGCCACAUAUUCCUAGCGGUGAGAAACGUCAAGCACCGACACCGAUUUUUAGUACUUUUGUAUUGACAGCAAAUGAUGGAACUUAUAAAGUUUAUGGAUCAGCUCUGACAUUUUAUGAAAAUUUCAAUGAAAAGUAUUUGACAGAUCAACAAAAGGAAUUCUUCGAAUGGGAUAAUGCAGAAGUAAGCACAUCAAAUUCACUACAUGUAAAUAAAUCCAUCUGUAUUUUAUCAAAUUAUCCAUUUGGUGACACAUUUGAGAAGUGGUUAGCAUAUCUACAAAUGAUGGCUUCAUGUAAUACACCUUUGCCAAUUCCAAUUGAACGAUAUAUCACACAUUUAUUAGACGAAGUUCCAUUUCCAUCGCCAAGCAUAUUAUUACAACUUUCAUCAGCCAGUAACGAUCGAAUUUUAUUGACACAACCUGAAGAUUCACCAUUACCAAGAAGCGGUGCUGGAUUUCGUCAUUUAUUGUCCAAUCUUGGAGCUGAAAAUUGUCUACACGUCCUUGUUUUGGUGCUGACUGAACAAAAAAUUCUAAUUCAUUCAUUACGUCCGUCGACUUUGACUGCUGUUGCAGAAGCUGUUGCAACAAUGUUAUUUCCGUUCAAAUGGAAAUGUCCAUACAUUCCUCUAUGUCCGUUAGGCUUAGCUGAAGUUUUACACGCUCCUUUACCGUAUUUAAUUGGCGUCGAUUCGAGAUUCUUUGAAAUUUAUGAGCCACCAAAUGAUGUCACGUGCAUAGAUUUGGAUACAAAUAAUAUAAGCUUAUGUGAGUCACAGAAACAUUUAUCAACGAAAUUAUUGCCGAAAAGAGCAGCAAGAAUUCUCAAAAAUACACUUAGGAAUAUUGAGGAUGAAUUAAAUACACUCGCUGCCUCAGAACAUCCAACAAAUAGCUUGGAUCGAGAUUUUAAGCGAAAGAAACGUGAACAAAAUUUUGAAAUGAGAAUACAAGAAGCAUUUCUACGAUUUAUGGCUUCAAUUUUGCGUGGAUAUAAAGAUUAUCUUGUGCCUAUUUCUAAAGCACCCACAAUUGGAGCAACUGAUACUGAAGCUCUGUUUCAAGUCAGUGCAUUUUUACGGUCACGCGAUAAAACACAUCAUAAAUUUUUCCAAUUGUUUAUGAAAACACAAAUGUUUAUUACCUUUAUUGAAGAACGAUCAUUUGUAUCCGACGGUGAUAAUAAUUUAACAUUUUUCGAUGAAUGUGCAGAGAGAGUUUCGGCUUAUGAUGACGAGACAGCAGAGAUUCAUUUCGUUGAUUACGAUACAGGACACAGUAGUGAACGAACAAAGUUUAUUUUACCGCCAGAAAUUGUUGGUGGAACUGACAAAACUUACAACUACAAUAGUUUUGAUUUAGAUCCAAAAUUACUCAAUCAAACGAGAAAGACAUUGACAUCAAAUAUUCUUCAACAAGCUGGAAUAACGCCUGGAUCUCCAAUAUCACGUCGUACAAAGCAUGAAAUAAAAUCAGCUCAGAAAAUGGCACGAAAAAUACAGAGAUUUCCUGAAGCUUGGGCUAAAUAUUUGCUUGGAACGUGCUACUCGAUUUAUUUUAUCGUUCUUCCGAGCAUUAUUGCAGAAAAUACAGGACUCGAGCACACGUGCUUGAGAAAUGCUUAUGAUCUUUUGGCGAAAGCAAGUAAAUUUAAAAUUCAUGUUGACGAAGUAUGUUUCCGUAUAAUGAUGCAAUUAUGUGGCAUGUAUAAUUUGCCAAUACUCGCUGUAAGGCUGCAUCACUUAAUGAAGCGCUCUGGAAUUCAGCCAAACGCCUUGACUUAUGGUUUCUACAAUAGAUGUGUUCUAGAAUCUGAAUGGCCUUCAGAAACAGCCAUAUCAAGUCAAAUGAGAUGGAGUAAAUUGAGAAAUUUUGUCCUUGGUGCUGCACAUUUUAGACGUGCUGGAAAGAAAUAUGCAUCACGAAGACGACUUUCAAUUUCUCAUGAAAAUAAUUUAAGUACAUUAGAGACGACAGAUGGUACAUCACGAACAAGUUUAGAUUCAGGAAGUGCAUUGGAAUCGACACAACAAAACGGAAUACUCGAUUUUGCUGCCUUCGAUAGAAUUCGUGAUCGUUUAGGAUCAAUUGUUAAAGCAUCACUGCCACAAGAACAAUCUUCAGAUGUGCUGUCAAGUGCUGGACUUUUAAUAUCUUCUGGUGACGGUGCAACUUCAUUAGACUCAAAGCACAUAAAUGCUCAUGAUUUAAGUCCAAGAAUGCUUGCACGUUCCGAUAGUUUCGGUGGAGAUGCAAAGUUCAUUGAUAAGCUACAAAAAUUAAAUAUUGAGUCGAAGAUGAAAUGCCAAAAAGUAUUGAAAUUCAACGAGAGCGAGGAGCUUGACGAGAAUGGACAACGAAUUGUUAAUGGAAAUCAUGUUGAUGACUUAAACGUUCCAAAACUUAGCCCAUCAAAAGUAUCGCCACGAACAGUUGUUACUGAAAAUGAUCCUUUAGGUGCCUUAGAAGACAACGAAACUGAUGAAAUCAUCCAAGUACAACAAUCUCAGCCAUUAACAGAAGAGCAAAUGGAAAAAGCUCGAAUACAUGAAGCAAUGUUCUCCGAACAACCCGUCUUGUUUAAAGGAAUUCGCAGUCAAACAUUUGAGAAUGCAUCGAACUUAAAUAAAGGCAUGCAUCGAUCUGAUACAAUGCCAACGCAAUCGCUUACAUCAAGCUUUGCCAGUAUUGGAUCGUCAUUGAAAUUUGGAUUUAGCCGCUACUCACCUGCACGGUUAUCAUUAGUUAAAAAAGACCUCAAAGAUCUAAAAUUACCCUCGCAAUUUAUUGAGAAUAUAUCGAAUAUGAGUCCGUCAUUAGCUGGCAAGAAGAAUGAAAUCAUUCAAGGUGGAAUAAGUCAACUAAAAUUUGCCGCAACUUCAGUUGCUAAAAAGUUUGAUGAAAUUAAGCAAACAAUAUCAAGCAAUACGACACCAAUCAAAACAAAUGGUGGAUCAAAUAGCUCAACAUUAGAACGUGAGAAGAAUUUACAUUCAUCGAAUGAUGAUUUGUUGAAUGACGAGAGAAUUCCGGGACGAAGACGUGUGGCUAGUGAUUUUGACCUUUGGGGUAGAAUUAAUGAGUCGAGAAAGUCUAGUUAUAAUAAUUUAACACGUUUAGGUGAAGCAGCAUCAACAAAUAGUCUAAAUUCAUAUCCAUCUACACUUCCUGAGAAUUUAUAUGGAAAUGAGAGCAAUGGAACUUUAGAUUAUGACAUAAAAAUUCAAAUCACGUCAUGCUCACAGUGUCACAAUUGUCAUGUACUCAUAUACGACGAAGAAAUUAUGUCAGGAUGGUCAGCAGAAGAUAGUAAUUUAAAUACAUUUUGUCAUGCAUGCGAAAAGUCCACUGUGCCAUGUUUAGACAUUCAAAUCAUCAUCGAUGAUUGUUUAAAGGAUCAAAUUAAAAUAUCGGAUGCAACUGUACCGUACCUAAAUCCAUUAGUCUUACGGAAAGAGCUGGAGAAUAUUUUAGUAGAGGAAGGUGAUACAGCAUUAAGACGAGCGACCUUCCCAGAAGAACAUCCAAUCAUUUACUACAAUCUUUUAUGGUUUAUGGAACGAAUUGAUGUUAACACGCAUUUGCCAAAUUUGAUUGCUCCCAAGCAGAGCAACGACAGUCAAGCAGAAGAUCCACUUCAUGCCUUAAGCAGUAAAAAAUCUGUUUGCGUGCAGUGUUUAUGGGACAAUCCAAGAUUCCACACAGAUUCAACGUUCUUAUAUUUUCUCUGGAAACAAACUACACCCUCGAGUCCAUUGUUGAAGGCUUUGUUGACUGAACAAACAUAUCUCAAUCGAGCAGCAAUUCAACAAAUAAUCUCAUCGAUACGAUGUAAUGACCUUAUGACGCCAGUAAAGAGAUUAGCAAAUGAGCGUCACAAACUUAGGAAUCGAGGUGUCGAGAGAACUCAUUCGAUUUAUCGUGAUAUACUAUUUUUGGCUCUUGUGGCAAUUGGACGUGAAAAUAUUGAUGUUCAGGCAUUUCAUCGUGAAUAUGCGACUGUAUUUGAGAAAUUGACAAUGAUUGAGCACAAAGAUAAUUUAUAUCACAGUCAGGACUUACCACCAACAUCUUCGGCAUUAUUUUGUCGUGCAUUCUUCAAACCGCUUUUACUGAUUCCUUGA